AUGGACUAUCAGGAAGACUUCAUGGAUGGGCUAAAGCCUGCGCUGGGAACCGUAGAGCAGCUUGCAGCAGAGCAGCAACAGGUGAUUGCUCAACAAGGACGGGCUUACUUGGACUCUCUAUUCGGCGACAGUCAGACAAUGCCCGUUCGCGUUCGUUCGAUAGAAGUCACUAAUGCAGAGCGAUUCCGAGCGCUGUUUCUAGAAUCGCAGCUUGCUCCAUUGCUUUCGCCUGGAGCUAUGACGCUAGCCGACUUCUUGCGUCGCACAGAUGCUGCCUAUAGCCUGCUAGCAAAGACUGGCGCCAUGGAAGCGGGUCAUGUCGCUAUUGGCGUUGCUGGAUGGGGAGGACCAGCUAUUCCAGUGUCUGCAGUUUUUGCACUUACCCCUCCUAAGCGAUUCUACGCCAAAACGGGUACCAAUGUGGGUAACGGUGAAGGUGAUGGUUAUAUUCAAUUGCAGUGGAAAAAUGUCUUUGGCGGUGGGGAGAGUGUUCUGCUUGAUGCUGUAUCAGGGACGAAGACGCCUGCGUCUUACGUGGCGUCGCUUGCCAUGCCCUUAGCUGCUAAUCCAAAUUUCUGGUGGGACACACUGGCGUAUACUCAUACACGGAAAUGGGCUCAAUUACACGGCAGUGUGGAAACGACCGGUAUCACUUCACGUGUAAGCACUCGAUUUGACGGACCAAUCAAUGCUGAUGUGGCUGUUGAUAGUUCGUGGCGCCGCUUGUCUAACCAUGGCCUGACCGCACUUGCUGUGCUAGCGCAACUGAAAGAUUCAUUUAAAACAUCUAUAAUUGCCAGCGUCCGCUACGAUACACGAGAUAGUGCUCUGCUCCCAACUAAAGGUCAAUACGUGCGUUUGGCUGCAGAACAUGGUGGCGGAUGUACUAAGGUGAUGGCCGAGGCACAGGCUGCUCGCCAAGCAGGUGCGCAUGUGUUUGUUGCAACGCAAAGGGCGGGAAUUUUGGCUCGCGGCGGCUUGCUCGACCGCUUUUUCUGCGGUGGACCCAACGAUGUGCGUGCCUUUGCGCUCCAUGGUUUGGGGCCGCGCGUUGGCAAUUCAGCGGUGGGCGGCGACUGCUAUUUGAGUGGCGGUUUCUCUUUAGUGAGCCGCUUACCGAAAGUGCCUAAAGACUCUAAUUUUCGCUUGCACAGUUUUUUCAAUUACGGUAAGUUAGUGGCUGGUGACUGGCGCCAGAUGUGCCGUGCAUAUUCUUCGAGUAUGGGUAUUGGGCUUCUUUAUAACCAUCCAUUGGCACGCUUUGAAUUGAACUUUGUCUUGCCACUCACAGCCUGUGCAUCAGAUUCUACGCGGAAGGGACUUCAAUAUGGUGUUGGUGUAUCAUUCCUUUAG